GAGGCGCAGGCCGCCGCCGCCGCGGCCGCCGAGGAGGCGGCGAAGCGGCAGGCGGAGGCCGCCGCCGCGACGGCGGAUGCGACGCGGCGGGCGGAGGCGCGGGAAGCGCAGGGCGCCGCGUCGCGCGCCGCGCUGCGUGCCCGGCUGGAGCGCGCGAGGGGGGAGAGGGGCAGGCUGCAGGAGGCCGUCGCCGUGCGCGAAGCCGCGCUGCAGGCAGCGCGGGAGGCGCUGGCGAGGGAGCGGGCGCAGCUGGAUGAGAAGACCGCGGAGGUCGACGCGCUGGAGGCUGAGGCAGCCGGCACGUGCCCAGAUGUGGCGGAAGCGGGGGCCUGAGAACAAG